UUCAAGAGCAACAGGUGAAAAUGGAGUUGGUUUUGGAAGGUCCGAGCGAGGAAACGUUUAAAAAGAUUCAGGAUCAAUUGGGUGAGGUGACGGAGAGGUUCGAACACAAUGUUAAGCUUCUGGAGGAAUGGAUGGCGUGUCAACCGCAUUUACCAAAAAACUAUGAUAAGAGAAUUCUGCCAAUAUUCCUGAGAGGAAGCAAACACGAUAUGGAGAAAACGAAGAAGAAACUUGAGAGUUAUUUCACGGUGAAAGCAGCGAUUCCGGCGCUGUUUUCAAGGCGAGAUCCGGAACGCAAAGACAUCUUGGAAACUAUUGAAUAUAGCGAUUUCGUGGUAAUGCCCAAGUUGACACCUGAAGGAUACCGAGUGACGAUCAGCAAUUUGAAGACCAACGACUUGAGUAAAUUCAAAAUCGAUAUCCUGAUGGCCCGUGGCGCGUUGAGCGCUUGCUUACGGACUGCUAUGGAAACUCCAAUUUCCGGAGACGUACUGAUCUACGAUGCGAGCAACAUCUCAGCAGCUCACGCCGCAAUAUUCUUAACACCGACCGUUCGUAAAUGCAUCAUCGACGGACCGGAAGCUUAUCCAAAUCGAUUGCGACAGAUCCACGUUAUCAACGCUCAUCCGAUUAUCGAUAAAGUCGUAUCGAUAAUAAAAACGUUGAUCAAAGAAAAAAUACGCCAGAGGUUUUACGUGCAUUCAAAGCCCGAAAUGUUGCUCAAUUAUAUUCCUUCCGAGUGUCUGCCGAACGAGUACGGUGGAUCAGGAGGAAAGCUUGAGAAUCUCUCGAAGAUGACGCAUAACUUUGCAGUGAAGAAUGCCGGAUGGCUAAAAGAGCAGGAAUCUGCUAAGCUAAUUGGACCACUUCCAGACAAGUACAGGUACGACGAGGAUUAUGGAACAGGAACCGAAGGCAGUUUCAGAAAGUUGGCGAUUGAUUAAAGCAUCUUUCUUAUUAAUAUUAUCUAUUUAAUUUUAAAGAAUUAAUUAUAUACUUUUUAUAUAUUCUUUUCUUUUUGGUCUAAAUAAAUAUAUCUUUAAGGGUAUGUACGUUCAUUAAAUUUCUCUUAUAGAAAUAUUCACAAAUUAACUUUAUGUAACUUUUAUAUAUGCAAAAAUAAAAUAUAAAGUA